CAAACAAAGCGCCAGUAGCUUUUACCUCAUUCUAUUGGCUCUGAUGGCCGCCAGUUUUGUAUGCUGUUCAACAUCAGCUGGUGAAUGAUUAUUGUUAUAUAAAAUUGUUUUCUUUCAUUAUAAUUGGAUUUGAAAUUGUUUACUUUUUUCCCUCAUUAUGAAGCAGUUAGGUUCUGUGCCUUAUCCUGCAUCUUGGAAGACUUCUAAGGGCAAAAAAACUACCGAUUCCUUGAGAAUAAGAAUUAAAAGUCGUAAAGUUAAAGACUUGAUCCGUGAUCGUGAAAAGAAAGCUUAUCGUGCCUUGCUGAAAACCUUCUCAACUUGGACUGAUGAUGAUAAAGAGGACGACGAAGUUGAUAAUGUUAAUGUUGAUAAAUCUCCAGCUUUGCUUGGCGAAACUAGUUGCGUAAGUGAAAUCAAGCCAUUAGAUAGUUCACAUUUAGUUGAUACUACUGUCAAUCUUUCGACUUGCUCGGUAGAGCAACCUCAAGAAUCAACUCCAGCCUCAGCCAAGUUUUUCUCAUCUUUUAAAGCUGUUUUUGCCCGUGAUUUGAUAACCAACAAAGCUCAGCCUUCAAUUGUUGAUGUAGAAGAUAAAAAAACUGAGCCUGUCAAAAAUGAUUCCGAGUUUAAGUUACCCAGUUUACCAAAGAGUUAUGAAAAUUACAAGCUUGAAAGAGCGGAAAAAAAGAAAUUACUCAGUCGUGAAUGGAUAAACGAUAUGCGAAGAGCUAUUCAGGAUAGUCAUCUUGAAGCUGAAAAAAUUCGCCGUGAGAAGGAAGACUAUUUAAGGACGAUUGGUAAGAAGAGAGAACUGUUCAUAAGGAAAUUCAGAAGAGAGACGAGUAAAACUUUGUAUCCUGAGACUGAAUUUUCUUAUCUACCUUACUUCUAUCGAUUUUUCUCCGACGAGAAAGAAGAAACGGAAGAAGAAGAAGAGUCCGAGGAGGAAGAAGAAGAACCAGAAGAGGAGGAGGAAGAAGAGGAAGAUGAUGAGGAUAAAUUUCCUCCCUUAUCAUCUGAUGCAUUACAAGUUAUUGAUGAUUGUUUGUCUAAGAGAAAGGAAGAGUUAAUCGUAGAAGAAAAUGGAGUCGAAGUUCGUGUUAAAGAUUUAGAAACUUUAAAAGGUACCUGUUGGCUCAAUGAUGAAAUUAUAAACUUUUAUUUCCAGUUGAUACAAAAAAGGAGUACCAAUAAUAGGGAUAACGGCAGUCUUAAAGUCUAUUGUUUCAAUACUUUCUUUUAUAAACGGUUAACUGAAGGAGGCCAUAAAGCGUUGCGACGUUGGACUAAAAAAGUCGAUUUAUUCUCUUAUGAUUUAAUUCUUAUUCCUGUGCAUUUGGAAGUUCAUUGGACACUAGCAGCUAUUUCUAUGAGAGACUCAACUAUUAAAUAUUACGAUUCUAUGGCUGGUAAUAAUAGAGAAUGCUUGCAAUUUCUUCUUAAAUAUUUAGAAGACGAACUAAAAGAUAAAAAGCAACAGGUAUUAGAUGCCUCUAAAUGGACAUGUACGAUUGUUAAAGGUAUACCACAGCAAGAAAAUGGUUCAGACUGUGGAGUGUUCACUUGUAAAUAUGCUGAAAGACUUUCAUUGGAUAAACCUUUCGAUUUCUCACAGAAAAACAUUCCUUACAUUCGGCAAAAAAUGAUUUAUGAGAUUUCUCAGAAAGAGCUAUUAAUGGAUAAAUUACAAGAUUCAAGCUCAAAUAAGGAUGUAUAAAGAAAAUUCCUAGUUAGUUAUUUAAAUUUUCAGUUCACCCUAAACUUCAUCAACUAUAUUGUCCAUUCGCUCUCCCUCUUCAUCCAUGUUUCAAUCAACUUGUCUUAUCUUGUACAAAAUAUGUUUCACUCUCGCUUUAUUAUGCGUUGCCCAUUUAUCGUGAAUUUGAUCUCAAUUUAAAAUCAACACGAAUUCAUGCCUAAAGCAAUUAUUUUUUUUCAUUAAACACAAGAGAUAAUCUCUAAUUUAAAAAAAUUU